AUGUUAUUAACUAGCGAAAAUAUUGAAUUUUAUUCUUAAAGAAGAAAAUAGUAUACUUAAGAUUUCCUUAAGUCAACUAAUCAAUUUAAACCUAAAUUAGAGCAGUUAAAAAGACGUUUAAUUGCACAAAAACAAAUGAUAGAUACUCCUAUUAAAAUUUCAAGUACAACUUAAAAAGGCAAAAAAAUUAGUAGAGUUUUAUUAUCUCUCUCCAAAUCAAAGGAAGUUUAAAAUAAAAUUGAUAAAGAAAUGAAUAGAUGUUCCUAUUAAUAUGAAUUUGAAGAACCUUUAAAUUGUAAGUAUUGAUAACUUUAUUAUAAAGGUUUAAUUACUCUCAAACAUGUAAAAAUAUUUAAUAAUCCAUGAUGACCUUGAUGGAAAAUAUUAAAGAAUAAAUCAAAGAAAAACAUCAAGAAUUAAAGAUGAACACUGACAAUUCUAAUUAAUAUUAGAAGGUAUAAUUUCAAUUUUACCUAAGAGAGAAUAAUUAGAAAAAAUUAAACUUAAAUCAAGUACUUACAGCAAAAUUAUAGAAAAGCUUUAAUAAAUGCAUAUUUAAAAAUAAUAAUUAGUAACAAACGAAAAAUAGAGUUUUUAAAAUUUGGAGAAAUUGAGUUUCUAAAAUUUGGUAAAAUUUGAUAAAAUUGAAGAAUAAGACUAAAUUUGUAAGUAUUCAGAAAAACCAAUUACAACAAGAAGAACUCUAGAAUCCCAAAUGCAGUUUGAAGAAGAUAAAAGAAUCUAAAAAACUCUAAAUAAUUCAUAAAUCGAUUAAGAACCAACUAAAAACUUAAGAAGUUAAAAUCUUGAUCAAAUUAUAAGAAAAAAUUAUAAAAAAAUGGGCUUAUUAAACAGAAAAUAAGAAAGUAUGAUGGAUUUAAAAAAUAUUAUUAAUAAUCAAAGAACAACCACUUAAGAAAACAUUUAUUAAUAAAAUGAUGUAAGAUAGUAAUAUUCAAAACACAAAAUCAAUUAAAAUAAAAGAUUUUCAUUAACUAUUCUCUCUUCACAAUGUAACUCUUCAAAUCUAAAGUAUAAAUAUUACUUAUAUGAAGUCCUAUUUUUGAUGAGUAAAAUGGAAUUAUAACUUGUGUUUCCUCCAAAACAAAAAGAUAUAAAAGUCUAGAACCAAAAACUCAUGAAAAAUAGAAAAUAAGCUUAAAGAAAUAUCACGAAGAUUAAUAGAUAUUUUAAGCUCAUAAAUUUUUCCAAAAAAUUUGA